AUGGGAAGGCAGCACGCCAGUGCCCGAUUGUUCUCUGCUCUACGCCUGCGCCAAACCUGGCUUCCUGUUUCGCUGCUUAUGCCGCGUGUGUUCUCUCUACUCGUUGGUGGUAUGUGUGAGAGACAAAUGACCACCCGGGGUCCCAAUUCCUCGCCCUUUUUGACCGCCAGACGCGGAGGAGUGACCGCUGAAAAGGCCUCACCAUCAGAAAUGUUUUCACAUGGGGAUGGCAUUAAGUCCUCUCUGACAUCUCGCAGCAAUGGACAGAAGAUGCAGAAUCGAGUGACGUUCCAGACCGAUGCCCAUGCAGAGGAACCUGCACACAGGCGGCGUCUGCAUCCGUUACUUGGAUAUGACUGGAUCGCGGGAGUCCUGGAUGUUCAAAACGCUCUGGCGGAACACUCCGAUGACUUCUACGAUGAGCUGCAAGCAUUUCGAACGCACAAUAAAAGAGAGUGCAUCCACCAGCCACACUCUGAAUUUCCCUUGGAUGAACACUCGGCGAUGCCGCUUGUUGCAGACACAGGCAGCCCACAAGCUGACACGGAUACUCAUGAGUGUACAUUCUCUUAUAAGUUAAACACCAGAUUGUUCCCCGUCCCGGUUCACUCUCCAAUAUGUUGUCCCGUGUGCAAAAGGCUAAAAUCCUCACACCCGCACACCAUCACUGAACCAGCACAUGUCAGGGUCAGCAUCCCUCACUCCAGAAUUCUGCCUUCUUACAAGUACAAAGCACAUCGCCGCUGCAGCUUUGAUCCAUCUGACAGUUUGGGCUUACCAUCGCACUGCCUUCUGGGCUGGUCCAACAAGGUUCAAAGCUUCUUGCCCCUACCCAGCAACCUGGACCUGCGGAGUCACCUCACUAAGGACAACUUCACUGAGAAACCAGCCGAAGAAGGACAGGAUCAGGUGACCAGAGGUGCUCACUCUGACCACACACCACCUAUCUGUCGAUUGGCCCGUCACAACUUUCAGCAGUUUUCCCCCAGAAGAAAAUUAAGACGCAUACCUUCUUCCACUGAGAGAUGACAACACACCCUCAAAAGUGUUUUUUGUUUCACUAGAUUAUCAUAGCAACUGUAAAGCUGUCAAACUUUCAUUGUGUUUGUCUUGUGGAUUUUCUUGUCAACCACUGAAUGUCAUGUAUUUCAAUAAACAUACAUAGUUAGAUCAUUUAUGAUUAAGUUUAAGGUCCUGGCUGGUCCGCCAGGGUGAUCCUUAUUAUACUGUAAGCCGAUAAAAAUGAUGGAUAUCAACAAUACUGGCCCUUUACAAUGUUUUACUGUACUUAUUGAUACCAAAAUUAGCAGUAUCGCCCGCCCAAGUGCAUAUUAUACCAUAAUUUUAAUUUGUGAGUAAAAAGGUUACUAACAUCGCUGAACCUGCACGAGUGCCUUGUGACCUAUGCGGCCUUGCGGAUGUGAAGCAACACCUUAACGACAUUGUGUUACAUUUUUAUACUUGCCUUUUGCAAAUGUCACAAUACUUGCUGACUCAUUUUGAAACCUCUCUCUCUGUCUGUCACCCGGGAUGCACUUUUUGUCUUCCUAGCUGUGAGCCGAGCUUUCAACUUCCUCUUUCUCACUUCGGGACCGACACAAAUAAAGAUUUCCUUGAUGAUGGCCUGCUUUGGAUGUGACAACACGUAGCUGACAUUUUUGAAGAAGUGCUACCAUAGUCUCUUUAGAGUGAAGUCUUGCUUUAUUAUUCUAUUCCUGCACGCGGCUGCUUGACUGCCUUCCAUCCAUACAAGUGUUCAUUUGCGUGUUUUUGUCAUAUCAUCGGUACAAAACAAUUAUGUCGUCAAGACGAGCUGCAAAAAUAUCCAAAUUAUGUAUGAGAGGGAGGUUUUUUUUUGUGUGUGUGCUCAAGAAAAGCAUGCUUCCUCGCCCUUGUUUUACAUCUACUGGUCUAAAAAGGUAUGCUAAAUUGGAGGUGUCCUCAUUUUUUCCACACGACAACAUGCGCAAUAUGCUGUGCUGCCUGUGAUAUUUUUUCUGACAAAUACACUACAUGGUGGCUCUGUAAUUAAACUAAUUAAACCACA